GGGGGUUUUGGGGGCGUCUCGUCGGCGACGAGCGUGCCAGGAUUUCCAGGUGCUCCAUCCGAACGCUGAGGAACUCGACGGAGUAAUCCCCACACGUAACUUUUUUGGGUUGAAGGUCCUGAAAGGUCAAAUGUGGUGAGUUUAUGUGCAAGCAAAGAUGUCUUGGCCUCCCCCAGAGCCGAGGCUGAGCUCGUCCAUCCAUCCGUCCAUCCAUCCAUCCAUCCAUCCCUCAGCGGUUGCGCCUUUGGGAAGCGCCAUUGUGGGCUGGGGGAAGGCGCCAGGCUUCAUUGUGACAUAAAAACUGCCACCUGGAGGACCUGGAAAAUCCACCUGCACCUUGUGGGAGCAGCAAAACCACCCUGAGCCCCCCUCCCAGGGGUGUCAGCAGCGAUUUGGGGGGUCCUGGUCGCACAGGGGGGGUCUCCAACCAGGAUAAACGUGGAGCUGUGGCCUCCGGGAACUUCUUACACAAGACACCCCCAGUUCCUCGUGCUUUCCUCAGCUUGAUGUGGAAAACUUCUCCACAAGAGCCACAGGAUGGAGAAACCAGGAAGAGGAAAAGUUCCGUUAAACCAGGAUCAUUUGGGCAAGCUCUGGAGAAGGAUGGAUGGAAACGACUGCAGGCAACAGCCUGAGGGUUUCAAAAUGGGAAACAGACUAUCAGGAUGUCCUUUAAAUUAAAUAUCGAGGUGUUUUCCAAGCCUAAGAAGCAGCUGGAGCAGAAAGGCUGGGAUAUUUUAGGAGAGGCAAGGAAAAUACGUCGCAAGUUUGUCGUGCUCUGCUGGGAAAGUUCUUUGCCAUGGGUUUUGUGCCAGGAAACUUUGGAAUGCUGGCAGAGCCAAAGAGCUGCCUGGCAGCAUCUUCCCUGCAUCAGCCCUUCAGCCCCUCUCCUGCAUGAUCUGUGAUCCCUCUGGAGCUCUCCGUGCCCGGCUCUUCCCAUGCCACCCUGGGCACAGCCAUACCUCCUCCGGGCAGGCAGCGCCAGCCAGCAGGAACCUGCUCCUGGCUGCGAGGGAUUUGGGAUCUCCCCCACCCCGUGUCCAUCCCGGCGUUCCGAGGGGCUGGGAGGAGCGGGAUGUGCCCCCCAACCCCGCUCCUGUGUCAGUUCCUGCUCCCAGCAUCCCUGGGAUUGACUCUGGCUGUACAUGUGGAUGUCAAUAUUGGGGUACUGUGUAUAUUUUAGGGUCUAUAAUGAGCAUAUCUGGGUAUAAAUGUGAUCUAUCAGUACAUAUCCGUUUCUCCCAUAUCUAUCCACUGCUGGCUUCCCGGGAACGGGAAUCCUUUGGACUUUUCUGUGCUGCUCAGACUUUAAAAAGAAAACAAAAAAAAAAACCACAAAUACUUGGAUCAGAAUGAAGUUGUUGCCCAUGGCAUCUUCUCUUCUCCAGGACCCAUCCCAAUGUUCUCCAUGGGCUCUGGUGAGCUGCUCUCCUGCUGUUCCAUUUUCUCUCCUCCCACCUGGGGCUUGUGUCCCUAAGAAUGGGAAUAUUGGAAUAAAUACCUUUGGAAUAGCAGCAGCUCCCCUGAGGCCAGGGCUGCCGAUGGCCCCUGGGAUUCCUUCCCCAGGGAAUUCUUUGCUUUUCCAUUGUGGACGAAGCAAAGAGAAAGGGGAGCUCCAAAGGCAACGGGAAAAUACUGAAUUUUGGGGAAACGAGACCCGCUCACCCAGGGAAGGCAAACUGGGAGAGCAGGACCCAGAUGGUGUAGUCCUCAGCAAAACCUGGGCGUUGGAUGAAUCUGAACAGGAGCUUCGACUGGGGGACGCACUUCAGCAUCAACUUCACGGCCCGGCAGCCGCCCUGCCCCAAGGGCGCCCCGGAUCCCCGCGGCUGCCGGGGCCGGCCGGGCAGGGUGCAGCGCUGCUCGGCCCAGGUGUCCGUGUUCACCUUCCUGCCCGACGUGCCGCUGUCGAUGGUGGAGUGCGGCCGGGAGCCGGUGAGGGGCUCCGGGAGCGCAUCCUGGGGGUGGGACACAUGUACCCCUCACUUCGGGGGGUGCUUUUGGCUCUGGAGUGAAACCCCCCCCCUUUAUUUCUCCCUGCAGCUGCCCGGUGACAGCGCCCAGCCCCGCUCCCCUGGCACCAGCCCAGGUCACUCAUCAUCAUCAUUAUCCUCAUCAUCCUCUUCACCUUCCUCAUCAUCAUCCUCGGGGCCCCCCCCGCGGCCUCGGGCCCCUCCCAGCGCGUCCCUGCGGGGACCAUCCCGCCCCACCCUGUCCCCAGCGGAGCCGGAAUAAAGAGAUUUGGGGUCGGA